AUGCUGCCUUACCAAACCCUUCAAGAAGCAGAAGAAGCCCUCGGCAGAACUCUCAGUGUUGCAGAGAAGCUAUGGUUCCGGUACUCGGCUCACAAACCAGACUACAUCCUUCACUACCACAACUUCAUCUUCCUCAUGUUGUUCUACACUCUGGCUCCUCUGCCGUACGUGUUCAUCGGCCUCGGCUGGGUCAAGAACAUGGACAGGUACAAGAUUCAGCCGAAGGUGAAGGAGUCCUUCUCUACCAUGUUCAAGUGCUAUAAGAAUGUCAUGGGAAGCUUUCUUCUUGUUGUUGGUCCUCUGCAAGUGAUUUCUUACCCUACCAUCCAGUGGAUAGGGAUUCGGACGAGUUUGCCAUUACCAUCCUUGGGGGAAGUGUUUUUGCAAAUAAUGGUGUAUUUUAUUAUAGAGGAUUUUGGAAAUUAUUGGAUCCAUCGGCUACUCCACUCGAAAUGGGGCUACCAGAAGAUCCACCGGAUCCACCAUGAAUACGCUUCUCCGAUUGGCCUUGCAGCACCUUAUGCGCAUUGGGCCGAGAUUUUGAUCCUCGGAAUACCUGCAUUUCUGGCACCGGCACUGGUUCCCGGCCACAUUGUCACAUACUGGUUAUGGUUCAUUUUGCGACAAAUGGAGGCCAUUGAAACUCAUAGCGGGUACAACUUUCCUUGGAGUCCCUCAAAAUACAUCCCAUUUUAUGGAGGUGCAGAGUACCAUGACUACCAUCAUUAUGUUGGAGAACAAAGCCAGAGCAACUUCGCAUCAGUGUUCACCUACUGCGAUUACAUCUAUGGAACUGAUAAGGGGUAUAGGUACCGAAAACAAGCUCUUGAGAAUCUGGCAAAGUUGAGACACGAGGAUGAUGGCAGACGAGAAGAGGAGCCAUAUCACAUUCCUGCCGAGGAUCGGAAAUCUCAGUGA